UGAGCACGAGUAUAUUUUGUUUCUCAAUUCAACCAAGUUUUUUCGUUCAUCUUCAGCCGCGAAUUUCGUUGGUUUCCACCAUUUUCAAGUCUCAAAACUUUUUUACUUCCCUUCACUUUGUUCCAGUCAAGUAGCAAAUUCACUUGGAAUUCAAUAUUUUUUGGUUUAGGUCACUCUGAUUCAAGCAUUUCAUCAAGCAUAAAAAUGGCGUCUCUAAAUUCACUUCCUUUUAUGAUUGAAACAAGGUGUUCACUUCAUACAUCAAGUGGAUCUAAUCCCCUUUCAAAUCAACGCAGAAAGCCUUUAGAUUGUGGUAGUUUUCUUAAAUUUAUGGACCAUAAUAGUAAUACGCUAUCAUCUUUGUGCUGUGUAAAAUUAGUGAGUGGUUCUAGAAGAAUUGAUUCGUGGAGAAAUACUUCUUUGAAGGCAACUGAAAAUGAGUCAAGUGAAAGUGAAGAUAACAGAGAAGCUGAAGAUGCUAUUCAGGCUACCAUUGACAAGAGCAGUAAGGUUUUAGCUAUGCAGAAAGAGCUUCUUAAACAGAUUGCUGAAAGGAAGAAACUGAUUUCAUCAAUCAAAAGUAGUAUGAUCAACCCUGAUGAUGAGCCAUCUACUAAAGAUGGUGACAACUCUUCUCCAAAUGUUGCUCGUGGUGCAACUAAGACAACUUUUAAAAAGGAGUAUGACAGUAGUACAAGUUCUGCUAGAAAAGAUGAUUCAAUUUCUAGCAAGGUUGAGAAAGACCAGCUACAAGGUCCUGUAAAUUCAAAUGUAGGGAGAAAUGAACAAGAUAAAUCUCCAUUGAAAAUGCCUAAUCUUGAGUCCUCUGUGGUCAAAGAAGUCUUAACUACAAAGAAGGACUCAAAUAUAUCAAAUGGAAGCCUCGUUGGAAAAAAGGAAAGGGAAACCACAAGAAGUUUUUCACGUGAAAAAAAUGCUAAUAGUGUAGAUACAUCAAAAGGAAAAGAUGAAAAGACUAUGCUGCCAGGUUUUGCAUUAAGUACUUACAAAUCUUCUAGUAUAAACAAUGAAAAGAAUAAACAAUUGGCAGAAUCAUCCUUCAUGGAGCGGAAUGAGCAGGUGAAUGAUCCUGCGCGUCAACAUGAGAAGCUUCCACCUCUUGCUGGAGCAAAUGUGAUGAAUGUAAUCUUGGUUGCUGCCGAAUGUGCACCAUGGUGUAAAACAGGUGGGCUUGGAGAUGUUGCUGGGGCCUUGCCUAAAGCUUUGGCUCGCCGCGGGCAUCGUGUAAUGGUUGUCAUACCUCGAUAUGGUGAUUAUGCUGAUUGUCAAGAUACAGGUGAAAGGAAAAGAUACAAAGUACAUGGCCAGGAUAUGGAAGUAUCAUAUUUCCAAACAUAUAUUGAUGGUGUGGAUUUUGUAUUCAUUGACACCCCAAUGUUUCGCCAUCUUGGGAACGAUAUAUAUGGAGGAAGUAGACUGGACAUCUUGAAACGUAUGAUUCUGUUUUGCAAGGCGGCAGUUGAGGUUCCUUGGCAUGUUCCUUGUGGAGGUGUGUGCUACGGCGAUGGAAAUUUAGUUUUCAUUGCUAAUGAUUGGCAUACUGCACUGCUCCCUGUGUAUUUGAAGGCAUACUAUCGGGACAAUGGACUGAUGAAGUACACACGAUCAGUGCUUGUUAUCCACAAUAUAGCACAUCAGGGCCGGGGUCCAGUAGAUGACUUCUCUUAUGUGGACCUUCCUUCACACUAUAUUGACUACUUCAAGCUGUAUGAUCCUGUUGGUGGGGAGCAUUUUAAUAUCUUUGCUGCUGGUCUGAAGGCUGCGGAUCGUAUUUUGACUGUUAGUCAUGGAUAUGCCUGGGAGUUGAAAACACAGGAGGGUGGUUGGGGUUUACAUGAGAUCAUUAACCAGAAUGAUUGGAAAUUGAAAGGGAUAGUGAAUGGGAUUGAUGUGACGGAAUGGAACCCACAGUUAGAUGUUCAUUUACAAUCUGAUGGUUACACCAACUAUUCACUCGAGACACUUAAACCCGGAAAAGCACAGUGCAAGGAGGCUUUGCAGAAGGAACUUGGUUUGCCUGUUCGAUCGGACGUUCCAUUGAUUGGUUUCAUUGGGAGGCUAGAUGGUCAGAAAGGUGUUGACAUCAUUGCAGAAUCAAUUCCCUGGUUAAGCGGCCAAGAUGUGCAAUUAGUCAUGUUAGGUACUGGGAGGCCCGACCUUGAACAGAUGCUCCGGCAGUUUGAGAGUCAAUACCCGGAUAAAAUAAGGGGAUGGGUUGGGUUUUCUGUGAAGACAGCACAUCGGAUCACAGCUGGAGCCGAUAUUUUGCUCAUGCCUUCAAAAUUUGAGCCUUGUGGGCUUAACCAACUAUAUGCGAUGAAUUAUGGUACUGUUCCAGUUGUUCAUGCUGUUGGUGGACUGAGAGAUACUGUCCAACCUUUUGAUCCAUAUAAUAACACAGGCCUUGGUUGGACAUUCGACCGAGCUGAAGCAAAUCGUCUGAUUAAUGCUUUAGGGAACUGUUUAUUGACUUACCAUCAGUACAAGGAUAGUUGGGUAGGCCUCCAAAUACGCGGAAUGACACAAGAUCUUAGUUGGGACCAUGCUGCGGAGCUUUAUGAGGAAGUCCUCGUUGCUGCGAAGUACCAAUGGUGAUCUACCAUUACACUAAGUUGGCGCAAAAGUCUAUUCAUUCUACUAUAAGAAGGAACUUGAAUAUGGGUCUGUUAAGUAAAUAGGUUGAAGUCAAGAUGUGAGCUUCUUGCAUUUCUCUGAUUGCUGCUUUGAGUGUAAUCUCAUUCGGUGACACUUUAAAAUUGUACAUGAUAGCGGCGUCAAGCAACAAAUGCAAGGAGCGUUUUGUGGAAGAAUAAUAUCACUAUAUAGAACAUUAUACAGUCAAUCGUGCUCGUUCUUUUGAGUUGUUUUCAUCGUUAUCCUUUGAAUAACAACUUAUAGAAUGUCGAUGAAUGGCACUUUGCUGCCUAAUAAUAUUUUGCGCGGAGACAUUGUAAAAGGGAAAACUAGAUUGUUUUGCUUCCCCACGACUUGAUCACAAUGCUUUAAGUCAAUCGUAUCAUAAAGGUAGAUGUGCAGUCACCAAUGGAUGUCAGUUGUCAAUGCAAUUGCAAUAUGAAUACUCUACCAUUCCAUUGAAUUGCAACAUUUGUAUUUUAAAGUGAGUAACUUUUGUAUAGUAAAUAUAGCAAAUUUAAUGGAACAGUAAAUAUAGCAAAUUUGAUGAAACAAAUGAAGUAUUCUUUAUCGCAA